GGAAAAGUUCUUGCUGUCGGCACCGUAACCAAGAAGUGCACGAAAACAAUGAUUGGCCUUCCUCUCGAUGAUGGGCCCGUGAAUAAAAAACAGUACGGAGCAAUCGGUGCCACAGCUGCGCUUUUGCUCAUUGUGCUCUUCGGUACGAAUUUGUUUUCUAUUUUAAAGAUAUAUAUGGUCCCUGUCAGUGACAAAGAUAUAUGCACCAUUUGGGAUAUACAGAGACCGGCUUCGUAUGAAUCUAACCGGUCGAGUGUCAUUGACAUUCUUCAUUCAAAAGAUUACAGACUUUCUUCUGCGGAGGCUCUUUCAGGCAUGGUUCAGAUCGAUACUCAGGUUUUUGACGAUCCUCCCCUGGUGGAUGAGGCUCCAGAAUACUGGCUGAAAUUUGAGAACUUCCACAAAUAUCUCGCCAAAACGUUUCCAGCUGUUUAUAAAAAUUUGGAAGUCACUCGCGUCAAUACGUAUGGGCUUGUUUUCGUGUGGAAAGGGGCUGAUGACUCAUUGAAACCAGUCAUGCUUGCCGGCCAUCAAGACGUUGUCCCUGUGCAAAAGGACACGUUGAGAGACUGGACAUAUCCCCCUUUCUCGGGUCACUAUGACGGUGAAUUUGUGUACGGGCGUGGAGCUGCUGACUGUAAGAACGUUGUACUGGCAAUCUUCGAAUCUUUGGAGCUUUUGUGCAAAGAAAACUUCCGCCCCGCACGGUCAAUUGUUGUUGCUCUAGGAUUUGACGAAGAGGUAUCAGGAUACAAUGGUGCACGUUUUAUCGGCCAGUACUUGGUCGAAAGAUUUGGCGAAGACUCCUUCUAUGCGAUUAUAGAUGAGGGUUUUGGACUCACUGUGGACGAAACUACCGGCAGAAUUGUUGCUAUGCCUGGCACUCGCGAAAAAGGAUACAUGGAUAUUUGGGCAGAGCUUAUCACCCCAGGCGGGCAUUCUUCGAUUCCGCCAGAUCACACAUCCAUUGGGAUUAUGGGAGAGUUGCAAAUGGUAAUUGAGAAAGAUCAAUUUGCCCCAGUUUUUUCCCCAGAGAACCCAACAUUUGAUUACAUGCAAUGUCUUGCAAAACAUGCUGGGGGAUCGAUGAGCACAAAACUUCGUAAGUCUAUUUUGCGUGCUGGUUUUGACAAGCUUGCAAACUCUUAUGUUGUGGAAGUUUUGACUAAUAUAAAAGCUACUAAGUUUUUAAUUCUGACUUCGCAAUCCAUGGACAUUAUUUCCGGUGGUGAAAAAGUUAAUGCAUUACCUGAAAGUGUUAAAUUACUCACGAACCACAGAAUUGCGAUCGAGAGCAACGUUGAAGACGUUAUGAAUCACUUUAUCAAACGAGUGGUUGAAGUUGCGAAAAGACAUGGACUCGGUGUAAAAUCGGGUGAUACAACGAUCAUUGAAUCAUCUGGAAAUGGUGAGUUUAAUGUCAGAGAUUCGGGUAAAAACUUGGAAGUUGCACCACGUACACCAAACAACGACAAUGUGUGGAAAAGUCUUGCUGGUGUGACCAGGCACAUAUAUGAAGAUCUUGUAUUUCCUGAUAUGGCAGAGCCAUUAAUUGUGGCACCAGCAAUCAUGACAGGAAAUACAGACACGAGACACUAUUGGACUCUAACCAAAAAUAUUUUUCGCUAUACUCCAUUUUUUUCUAGAAGCUACACUGAGGAGUACAAAGUCCAUAGUGUGGACGAAAAAAUGAGUUUAGACAAUCAUUUGCGGAUUGUCGCUUUCUUCUAUGAAUAUUUGCAGGUGGUGGAUAACAAGGAGACAGAAAACGAGUAGCAGGUUCAGAAAUUCAAUCGCUCAAGAAUUUGUAAAUUUAAUCAACAUUCUUAGAUCAUUAGCCUCUUGAUGGAAACCGCUUCAAUGUCGGGAUGCAAAAGGUUGUAAAUGAUGAAGAUAGUCUCCUUGUUGCCGUUGGAUUUUAUAUAAGAUUUGCUUCAAACGUAUUGAUAGUGUCUAGUAGCCACAUUCAUUGAUGAGAAAAAAGAGACUCUACAGAAAC